UAGAAAAAAUAAAAGUACUAUCUACUAAAAAAAUUUCAAGUACAAAAAAAUUUAUAACUAUCUUUAUUAAUAUUACUAUGAUCUAAUAAAUUGUAAAAAAAAUAAUACUUCAAUAGAUAAGUGUGCUUUGUGCAGUUAUUGUGAUUUAACCACAGUAGUUAGUGGUUAAUUACUAAUCAUAAAAUUCACAAUUUUACUAAACACAACAAAAUCACUAAACACAAAGUGUGGUUAGUGGUUAACCAAUUUUGGAAAUUUUUGUUUAGAAAAUCACUCACAAAAUCAAUUUAAUCUAAUCAUAAAAUUCACAAUUUUACUAAACACAACAAAAUCACUCACAAACCCAACUUCCAUCCCUAACUACGUAUCACAUUUUUUAACUCCAAUUUUGGAAAUUUUUGUUUAGAAAAAUUGAGUUCAUUGUGAUCUAUUAUGAAAAAUAAAUUUUCAGGACCAAAUAUACCAUCCUAUGCAAUCCUGGUAUAAGGUGAUGAUAACAAAUUGGUAGAUGAUACUUAAAGGUGACAAAUGGUGGUUAGUAUAUUGUAUUCAUACGACUAUGUAUACAACCCUUUUACACUAUGAUAUAUUCAUACCACUUGAGCACACUUUCAUACCGCCAUGUUAUUAUUAUCUUAUUAUAUUACCAAACGUUAUCAUUAGCGCCACCAUGUUAUAGACUAAUAAUGUAUAUCUCAAUUUCUUUUUUGUUCUACAAUAUAUCAAAGUAGAUAUACUUUAUACGAUCAAUAUGAUUUUUCUCUGGAAAUAAAAAAUGAAUUCCAACUUAAAACGAAAUAGAUAUAGUUCGUUAAAUUAAAUUGGGGAAAAUUACGGUUAUCUCCAAUAAUUAAUUAAAAGUUAUGUAAAAAUGAGUUAUUGAUCAGAUUUGCUCCCACACCUACAAGACAGCAUCAAUGAUUUUUCAAUUAGGUAUAUUUAGAUAAUGACAAUUGACAUGUCCUAGUUAGGAUACGUUUUACAAUAUGUGGAGCAGAUCCAAUUUUGCUUGAUCGCUUGAGAUCCCUUUGACAAUUUCUGUUUGGGCUCGUGGUUUCUGGUGCACCAAACUAGCUCAAUUCUAAAUUUAGCCUCCCAAGUUGAAAUUUGUGUGAUAAUCCACAUGUUGAGGAGACUACAAACAUAAGUGCUCAAAAUUAGGAGACACAACCUCGAUGAAACCAUAGUACUGGUUUCAGAAAAACAAAAUGUUCCAUAGUUUUGCGGGGGCGAUUUGACACCCAAAAAUAGCAACAAAAAAAACAAUUGCUCUACUUCAAUUCCAUUCCAUCGGUGGAGAUAUUAAACUAAACAAAGCCAUUCUCUCAACUCAUAUAACUUCCCAUCAUCAUCCUCUCCCCCUCAAUGCCAUCACAUUGCUAUAAGCAAGCCUUGGGCAGUCCAAGGUGUUCCGGUAUGGCUCCGUUUAUCGCGAAUUCCUUGGGCUGCCUCCUCCUCUUGCUCUUCUUCUUAGCCUCUUCCUCCACCACCUUCUCUGAUGCCCUGACGGACUUGGAGGUGCAGUAUAUCGCCCACCGCCAGCUCCUCACGUUCGAUCAGAGCGGAAAGGAGGUGGGGGACCAGACCGCCGCCGGUGGCGGCGGUCUGGACCCCAACCUCAAGUUCGAGAACCCGAGGCUGAAGAACGCGUACAUCGCCUUGCAGGCGUGGAAGAAGGGCAUCUACUCCGACCCUUUCAACUUCACGGCCAACUGGGUGGGCCCCGAUGUAUGCAAGUACAGCGGUGUCUUCUGCGCUCCGGCGCAGGAUGGCUCCAAAUUGAACGUCGUAGCGGGCAUCGAUCUCAACCACCAGGACAUCGCCGGCUACCUGCCCCAGGAGCUCGGCCUGCUCACCGACCUGGCCCUGUUCCACCUGAACUCCAACCGGUUUUGCGGCGUCAUCCCGAUGUCGUUCUGCAACAUGUCCAUCAUGUUCGAGUUCGACGUUAGCAACAACCGCCUCGUGGGGCCCUUCCCGCAGGCCGUCCUGUGCUGGAAGGAGGCCAAGUUCGUCGACAUCAGGUUCAACAACUUCGAGGGCUGUAUCCCGCCGGAGAUCUUCACCAGGCCGCAGCUGGACGCCCUGUUCCUGAACAACAACCGGUUCUCGUGCUCGAUCCCACCGACCCUCGGGAGGUCCACCGUCAGCGUCGUCACCAUGGCAUUCAACAACAUAUCGGGCUGCAUCCCUCACUCCAUCGGAGCGAUGCCCAACGUCCAGGAGAUUAUGCUGGCGGGGAACAGCCUCGGCGGCUGUUUCCCUUCGGAGAUCGGGAACCUGAGGAACGUGACGGUGCUCGACGUCAGCGGGAGCGGGUUCGUGGGCCCCAUCCCUUCCAGCUUUGCUCAGCUGAAGAGCGUCGAGAUGUUGGACAUCUCGUGCAACAGGAUGACCGGUUCGAUCCCCGAGGAGAUCUGCAAGCUGCCGGCGCUGAAGAAUUUCACGUUCGCUUCGAAUUUCUUCACCGGGGUUGCCCCGGCUUGCAGUCCGCAGUCGAGGAAGGAUGUUGUGAUCGACGACGGCAACAAUUGCCUGGCGGGGAGACCAAUGCAGAAGCCGGCGAAGGAUUGCGAUCCCGCGGUUACGAAACCUGUGGAUUGUAGCAAUGACGUUUGCAGUGGCGGCGGCGGUCCGCCGAAGAAGGCGGAGUCGCCGACCGACGAUCCGCAUUUGCCGGCGAGCGGCGGGAUGAGUCACCCUCCACCGCCGGCACCCGUUCACUCCCCUCCACCGCCGGUUCAAUCACCGCCGCCACCGGCACCGGUCCACUCCCCUCCACCACCGGUUCCAUCGCCACCACCGGCGCCGGUCCAUUCCCCUCCACCGCCGGUUCAAUCUCCACCACCGCCUGCGCCGGUCCAUUCUCCUCCACCUCCGGUUCACUCCCCGCCUCCGCCAGUCCAUUCUCCACCACCACCGGUUCACUCCCCACCACCACCGCCGGUUCAAUCUCCGCCACCGCCAGUACACUCCCCUCCUCCGCCGGUAGUCCAAAAGCCACCGCCAAAGCCGGAGCAGUCCACUCCACCACCGGCGAAAUCAUCGCCGCCUCAACCGGACGUUGUCCUUCCGCCAAACCUUGGGUACCAGUACUCGUCUCCUCCGCCGCCGAUGUUCCCAGGCUAUUAAAUUUGUUUUUUUUUUUACAAGUUAAUAGAACUAAAACACUACACAUUAUUGUGAGAACAUCAUAUGUUAAUUUUCUUUCCUUCUACAUUGGAGAGGUGGAAUUUGAAUCGCAAAAAUUGGCAAUAACGGGGGAAAAUAUUUACAAUUGUCGUGUAAAAUUGUUGCAACAUUUACCUCUGGCAUUCGCCAUUAUCAAGCAGUGGUGGUGAUCUAGAAGCUUAUGAACCUCUUGUCGAACUGUCUGUGCCUCUAAGCCUCUUCCUCCAUUAUCGUUGUUUAGCGAAAUAUAUACCUUGUCUUCGGAAACAUAUUACCCUAAAUUAAUAUUAAAAAUUGUCAAUAAAUAUUAUAAUUAUCA